AUGAGCAAGCAACCACUUGGCUGUCGCUGGCGGUUCGCUGUGGCAGUCCAGUGGGUAGAGACUCUGGAUGGAAGUUGCAUCAGUAGUAAGAAGGACAAGCACCGGUCGAAUGGCGAGUGGUACGAGAAUAAAGGCCGGAAUCGCGAUCCGCGAUCCAGGGAAAAGGACCGUCAUCGGUACAAGCACAGAUCUUCGUCGGGUAAAUCGUCGAGUUCGCUGUCCUCGAAGCAUCACCGUAAGGAACGCCACCGAAAGCUGUCCCACUCUUCGUCGUCCUCGGAUCGGUAUCCGCACAGUGGAGCAGUUAGCAGGCGAGAAUCGAUCGCGAGUGUUACGGAGGACUGUCUGCGGCAUCGUCACACGCUCUCCUGCCGAUACCUGAUCAACCCGUCGACCUCCAGCGAGUUCAUGUACAAGGUCCAACGUCAGCGCAAGAUUUGGUGGAUGCGGUACGUGUGCGAUCCGGGCCGGUUCUUCAUUUCGGACCUCGAGGAAGACCUGGGGGACUUUCGAAUCAAGGUGGGCCGAACCAGCAGUAAAAGGAUUCGGCCCAGUAUGCUGCGGCUGCGUCAGUGCGUCGAAGUGGCCACGCUGCAGAUCGUGCUGGAUGCGUUUGAAAGUGGCGGCGAUGCAAGCGUGAGGGUUCACCGCAAGCUGACGCCGUUCAAGUGUGGCAUCGUGUGUCUUUCCGACAGUAAGUACUGCGUUCUUGUUUCUGAUUUGAGUUGUAACUGUCUUUCUCGCCCCGCCCUGUUGCCGGAGUUGCGUGACCAGGCCAAACACCUGUGCAACGUGCUGCGCAAAGCGAACCUUCCCGUGCUCGACUGCUCCGAGCGUAACGGCGGUCGUUCCCUGGCCAAACAGCUGCACCACCUCGACUCGAUAGCCGUCCCGUACUGAAUGCUGCUGCGCGACCAGUGUCUCCAGAAUGGCCUCUUUCAGCUGCGGUCCCGCGACACCACCCUCAGCGAAACGAUUCACAUCUCGGAUUUACCGCAAUAUUUAUUGAAAAUAGUAACAAGUUGAGUUUAAUAAAUA